AUGCUGCGCCACACAUCACGGAACAAUGCUUUGCACGCAUUUGUUCGCUCACCGCAUUACCGAACUAUUCCGAGCGCUGGACCAAAUGGGAUUGUUGUCAACCGAGAUAUGCUCGUUCACCAGUUCAGAGACUUCUACAAAACACUUCAACAUUGCUCUCUUGUCGACAAAGUCCAUUUGAUGUCCGAGAGACCCUCGGUAGAAGCACUACGGGUAGCGGACCAAAUGGUUUCCAUCGGUGCCACAUUUUUAGAGAUGCCACUGACAGGUAUGGAACAUCGCGCGACAGAAUUUAUGGAGUCAAUGCGGUAUGUUCGUGGUGCUGGUGGACCCUCUACUCUUGCCUCGUACUUGCAAGAUACGGAGAAUUGCCGGUGUAAUAGCGGCGAUGUGGUGUGUUUACCGAAUGGCAUAGCAGUUGGCCACGGUCCGAGAACAAACGCAGUGGCUCAUACUACGCUGAAACAAUUGUUCGAAGUGAAAGAUGACCAAUUUUCUUUUGAUGUCUUCACUUUAGAACAGGAGGGUGAUGCGCCACCGCUUGGGGACUAUUUCGGUUUUGCUGGGAGCAACGUAUUACUCACUUGGAAAGAUGAGCACGGUUUACUUGCUGUAGAUCAAUACCAACAGAAACAGCCCCACACGGAGAUGAAUGUAGUUUAUCUUGAACCUGGUUGCCAUUUUUUAUCUUUCUAUGGUGUCGACCACACGAUAGAUGUUUUAGUUCAGAAGGGCUACGAACGCUCAAUGGACAGCAUUGCUGCUGCGGGUUUGAAUCCUAUUCCUGUUCAGUGGUCGGAGAUGGACAAACUUGGGAUAUCGAUGAGGGCCGCAGUUCUUCCACUUAAAUUCUUCAAGGCGAAUGUUGGUGGCAUGUUGUCGAGGAACAAGAGUCGUGGAGCCCGAUGGCAGACGCAUCAACUGCAGAAAUAA